AUGACUCAUAAAAUAUUAUUUUAUGGUCAAAGAAAUAGUAAUCAAUUUGAAAAAAUUGAACAAUUUUGCAAACCAUUAAUAUUAUCUGAUGAUCAAUUAAGACGUGUAAUGCAAGAAAUGCAUCAUAAAAUGGAGAAAGGAUUAAGUGAUCAACCUGACGUGAAAUCAUGUUUGAAAAUGCUACCAUCAUUUGUACGAGCUAUACCAAAUGGUACCGAAAAAGGUGAUUAUUUAGCGUUGGAUUUAGGUGGUACCAAUUUUCGUGUUUUACUUAUACGUUUAAGUGGUACCGAAGCUGAAAUUAUUGGAAAAAUUUAUGGUGUACCAGAUAGUGUAAUGAAAGGUACCGGAAUUAUGCUUUUCGAUCAUAUUGCUGCAUGUUUGGCUAAUUUUAUGGAGGAUAAUGAUCUUAAAGGUGCAAAUAAAUUACCACUUGGUUUCACAUUUUCAUUUCCUGUAUCACAGGAAGGUUUAACAUCCGGAAUAUUGAUGCACUGGAGUAAAGGUUUUAGCGCAAGUGGCGUACAAGGUAAAGAUGUUGUUCAAUUCUUACGUGAUGCGUGUAACCGACGUAAAGAUAUAGAUAUAGACAUUGAAGCAUUACUAAAUGAUACAGUUGGUACCUUAAUGGCAUGCGCAUUCAAAGAAAAUACCUGUCAAAUUGGUGUAAUUCUUGGAACUGGUACCAAUGCUUGUUAUAUGGAAAAACUAUCAAAUUGUCCAAAAUUUAAAAAAUUCAAAUUUCAUGAUGAUAAAUAUCCAAAAGAAAUGAUUAUUAAUAUGGAAUGGGGCGCGUUUGGUGAUGACGGAUGUUUAGAUUUCAUUCGAACAAUUUAUGAUUCACAGGUGGAUGAGCGAACAAUUAAUCCAGGUUUUCAUAUAUUUGAAAAAAUGAUCUCUGGAAUGUACAUGGGUGAAUUGGUACGUUAUGUAUUAGCAUAUCUAGCUAAAGAAAAGUUAUUAUUUAACGGUGAUUAUGAUUCAAUAUCUCAACCACAUUGCUUCCCAACAAAAUAUGUAUCAGAAAUUGAAGCUGAACAAGAUGACAGUGGUAAAUUUUAUCAAAAAACAAUGCAAAUUUUGGAAGAUAUUGGUGUGGAAAAUAUUACAAUUCAAGACUGUGAAAUUGUUGCUUAUGUUUGUUCAGUGAUUAGUACAAGAGCAGCACAUCUUACAGCAGCUGGAAUUACCUGUUUAUUGAAUCGUUUACAGAAACCAUAUGUUACAGUUGGCAUUGAUGGAUCAUUAUUUCGUUUUCAUCCACAUUUUGCUAGAAUUAUGGAUCAAAAAAUUGAUCAAUUAUUGCCAAAAAAUUUAGAAUAUCAAUUAAUGUUAUCGGAAGAUGGAAGUGGACGUGGUGCAGCAUUAGUUGCUGCUGUAGCAAGACGUAUUAAACGUGAAGCACGUGAAAUGAGCAAAAUAAAUUAA